GGCGGCGGCCGGAGCGCGCCAGCCCGGCGGGGUGUUGAAAGUCAGCAAAGCCAGGACAGAGACGUGACAGACAGGGAGAGGGACGUGCAGAGGGACGAGGAGACCCGGAGAGCCACAGACGUGUGAAGAGAGACUCAGCGAGACAGACGGGAAAACCAGCUCAAGUGCGGCGGUUCCUGGAGCCCCAGCCUCGCCUUCAUGCCCGGCCGGUGCCCCACCUGGCUGGUCUUCCCAGGUCAGCUGCCGCCAGUGCUGCAGGCAGUCUGACUUGCAGUCCCAGGACAGCUCCUGACCAGCGUCUGCAGACAAGAGGAUGGCUCAGGUUCUGCACGUGCCAGCCCCCUUCCCAGGGACGCCGGGCCCCGCAUCGCCGCCGCCGCCCCCGGCCCGCGAGGCCGAGCCGCCGUACUCGGUGGAGACGCCGUACGGCUACCGGCUGGACCUGGACUUCCUCAAGUACGUGGACGACAUCGAGAAGGGCCACACGCUGCGGCGCGUGGCGGUGCAGCGCCGGCCGCGGCUGGGCUCGCGCGGCGCGGGCUCGUGGUGGACCUCCACGGAGUCGCUGUGCUCCACGGCCAGCGCCGACAGCCGCCACUCGGCCUGGUCCUCCUGCGGCCGCAGCGGCCUCCACGGCCAGCCCGAGGCCCGCGGGGGCUUCAACCCGCGCGUGGAGCGCACGCUGCUGGACGCGCGGCGGCGCCUGGAGGCGCAGGUGGGCCCGGGCCUGGGCGCGCUGCCCCCCAGCCUGGCGGGCUCCACCAGCUCGCUGCCCCCCGCCGCCACGCCCCGCGGCUCGGGGCUGUCCACGCCCGUGGCGCCCAGCGCCAGCCACCUGGCCCACGUGCGCGAGCAGAUGGCCGCGGCGCUGCGCAAGCUGCGGCAGCUGGAGGAGCAGGUGAAGCUCAUCCCCGUGCUCCAGGUCAAGCUGUCCGUGCUCCAGGAGGAGAAGCGCCAGCUGGCCGUGCAGCUCAAGAGCCACAAGUUCCUGGGCGCCCCCUCGGCGGGGGCCCGCGAGCCCCCCGGGGCCCCGGAUGACACCCUGGCUCUCCCCACCCGCAGCGUGGGCACGUGGGUCCGGGAGAGGGACCUGGGCCUGCCGGACGCCGAGGCCGCGCUGGCCGCCCAGGUGGCCGCACUGGAGACGCAGCUGCACCAGGCGCUGCAGGAGCUGCAGGCGGCCCAGGCCUGCCCCCCGCAGCCCCCCAACAGCCCCGGCCGCGUGGACACCCUCCGCGUGGUGCAGGGCCCACGCGAGGUGGAGGUGGCGGCCAGCACGGUGGCCGGGACCCCCGCCCAGAGAGCCCAGGACCUGGAGCCCUACGGAGCGGGCCUGAGGGCGCUCACCACGUCCGGCGGGGGCCCCCAAAACCCGGCGGUCUUCCGCAGCCACGAGGUGGUGGAGGCCAUGUGCCCCGUCCCGGCCACGCCCGCCGGCCACGUCCACGUGAUCAAAAAGAUCAGCAUCACGGAGCGCGGCUGCAAUGGGACCGCAGGUCCCCCACAGGCUUCUUCCGAGUCUUCCCCGUCCCCCGUGGAGUCAGCCGUGCACCCCGACACCCCCAGCCGGGAGCCAGCCCCGCGUGCAGCCCCCUCCCCCCAGCCACAGGAGGCCAGCGGGCCAGGUGGGGACCCCGUGGAGGUGCGGGCCAUCGUGAAGCGCAACGAGGUGGCUGCAGACCCCACAGCCGAGACGGGGAGUCUCCGGUUUGUGGGGGUUAAUGGCGGGUAUGAGUCCUCAUCGGAAGACUCCAGCACGGCCGAGAACUUCUCAGACGACAGCACCGAGAACGAGGCCCCAGGACCCGAAGCCAGGGUUCCCGGCGAGGCCGAAGCCCCCCAGCAAACAGCCGCGGGGACAGCGGGCCUCCGGGCCGGCCGCCCGCCCUGCCAGCUGUCUCGGGAGUCUCAGCACGUGCCCACGGCCGAGGGGGCGGCAGGGCCCAACUCGGAGGAGGAAAUCCGGAUGGAGCUGAGCCCGGACCUCAUCUCGGCCUGCCUGGCCCUGGAGAAAUACCUGGACAACGCCAACGCGCUCACGGAGCGGGAGCUGAAGGUGGCCUACACCACGGUGCUGCAGGAGUGGCUGCGCCUGGCCUGCCGCAGCGACGCCCACCCCGAGCUCGUGCGCCGCCACCUCGUCACCUUCCGCGCCAUGUCCACGCGCCUGCUGGACUACGUGGUCAACAUCGCCGACAGCAACGGCAACACCGCCCUGCACUACUCCGUGUCGCACGCCAACUUCCCCGUGGUGCGGCAGCUGCUGGACAGCGGUGUGUGCCAGGUGGACAAGCAGAACCGCGCCGGCUACAGCCCCAUCAUGCUCACCGCGCUGGCCACGCUCAAGACCCAGGACGACAUCCAGACGGUGGACCAGCUCUUCCGCCUGGGGGACGUCAACGCCAAGGCCAGCCAGGCGGGGCAGACGGCGCUGAUGCUGGCGGUCAGCCACGGCCGCGUGGACGUGGUGAAGGCGCUGCUGGCCUGCGACGCGGACGUCAACGCCCAGGACGACGACGGCUCCACGGCCCUCAUGUGCGCCUGCGAGCACGGCUUCAAGGAGAUCACGGGGCUGCUGCUGGCCGUGCCCAGCUGCGACAUCGCGCUCACAGACCGCGACGGGAGCACCGCGCUCAUGGUGGCUCUGGACGCUGGGCAGAGCGAGAUCGCGUCCAUGCUGUACUCCCGCUUGAACAUCAAGUGCUCCUUUGCCCCAAUGUCAGACGAUGACAGUCCAGCGUCGUCCUCGGCUGAGGAGUGACCACCAGGGAAAGCCCUGCCCCACCCACCCCCCUCCCCACACUCCCCCCCGCCUCCCACUCCCCAAGACCCAGAUCUGAAAGACCAAUCGGCGUCUUCACCCCUGGUGGGGGAGCCCCAACAUCUAGAGGACUCCAGACCGACAUGGGGUUCCCCCAGCGCUCCCCCCCAUUCAAAGGCACCGCAGUACGAAUGGAAGCCGAAACCCCCUCUGGGCGGCGCCAGUGGCCGGCGCUGGGGGGUGGGGGGAGAUCAGCAACCGUGGUCGGAGAGGGUGGCGGGGAGAACGGGUGGGGGGAGCAGGAGGGGCUGGAGUCACAGGUUUGCUUCCACACCCCAAGUCUUAGCCUUCAGCGGCCCUGUCCCAAGUGGCUUUGCGGCCGCCCCCCCCCCGUUGGUUAUCUUGAGGGACAUAGUUCUGGGGGACCCGGGCCCCCAAUGGAGCUGGGGGGCUCAGGACGCAACAGCCAACGCCCCAUGACCCGCAGGUGCUAACCCUUCCCCCCCCACCACCAUGGAGGCCUUGCUAGAUAGUUCUAGAAAACCCCAAGGACGCACAGGAAGGAGAGGAUCCCGUUCUCAGAGCGGCCCUGCCUGCAGAGCCCCACGCGGGGUGGAGGGGACCCCGGGUUCCACGCGCCCCGUUAGCGCUUGGCUGCCCUGGAGGCCUGGGCGCACCGACGGGCAGGACUUUGGGGGGGGGUUGUGUUCCAUGUUUAAUGUGUGGUUUUUGUCUUUUAAUCUUUUAACUACUAGACACUUUGCAGCCUCCUGGAAUCGGGCGGCCAUGGCCACAGUUCCCUUCGUGGCCAAUUUUUUCACCAUCUUCCUUUUUUGGGGGUCCCCAGAAUUUCAAUACAAUUUUCUCUCUUUUUUUUUUUUUUUCCUUUGGUCAGUUGUGGGGCUU